AUGGCACCCAAGAAACCCGGAGUCAAUGGCAAGAAGGGCAAGAAGAACGGCAUCAAGCAAUCUACGUCUUCACUUCAUGUUGCUCAGACCCCGUCUCAUCUGCCUUCGACCUACAUGGCUGCGACGGAUGUCUAUGGUUCAGGCAAGAAAAGAAAGGGUGGAACCUGUGCCGUUGCCUGCUUCGCAGUGUUUACGUAUAUAGCUGCCAUUGUCCUUGGGGUCUUUGGGGCUCUCGGCUGCAUCAACAGCUCCUCAGCACUCAAGGGCGUAUACAUCGCCGAGCUGCAUACCAACGACACCUACGACUUCUCCCUCCGCUUCGGCUACUUUGGCGGCUGCGUAACAGUAACCCAACCCUCAAUGGAAACCUCCAGCAGCGGAAACCGCUCCUCACGCAUCGCAACCAACUGCCUCGUCUCCCUCCGCGACCAAGACCUCGCCGACGUCUCCGAAUCCCUCUGGGAAGGCCUCGACCUCAAUUCGAGGAGCACAGCCGAAUACGUGCAGGACCAACUAAACACCACCCUCCCCAUCGUCGACCACCUGCAAGACGACGUCUUCCACUGGCCCGUUCCCGUCAUCCACGUCGCCCUCUUCACGCUCAGCGGGGCGACGCUCUUUGCUGCAUGCACGGGGUCAUCGAGACGAAGGGCCUGGAAGGGUGUUCUGGUGUUGAUUUUGGCGCUCAGUGCGUUUUCGCUUGCGUUGUCGCUCGCAACGGCUCUGCGGACGUUGUCGUCUAUGAAUGCUAUAUUGGAGGGGUCGCUUUCGAGGGAUGAGUUGGAGAUUGGGGAUGGGGUGUAUCUCUCCCGCGGGAUUACGUUGCAGGCGAUGCAGACGGGGUUGGUGGUUGUUGUUACGCUGUUUUAUGUUUAUGGGCGUGUUAGAACGACCGAGGGCGUUGCGUUUUUCCAGAUGUUUCAGAAUGCUGGGGUGGGGUGGAGGGAGAAGGCGAGGUGGAGAUAG